CUCACUUUCCGUAGCCCUUCUAUAAAGCUCAGCAUUGGUGGCGGGUCAGCGUAUUCAUGUCCCGCUUUUACGUUGACGUUUGUCUCACCAGGUGCUGCUGUCCCUUAGUUCGAUUAUCCGUGACCCCAGAAUAUCAAAAGGAUUCCUGCAGCCUUCUUACAAGUCUGUUGUUUCCAGUUCAGACCUAAAGCAUUUCCUGCCAGCAGUGCUUCAUGCUCUUAAGCUGGGGUCUUAAAUCCCAGGUGGGGUGAGAGGGAGGUUAGGGGUCAGAGGUGAAAUCACAGCGCUGUAACUUUUGCUCUGAGGAGAACUGUCGGGAUUUUCUGAGUAACUACGCAAGAAAAUGGAAAGAAACGCAUAAUGUGCACGUUGCCUCAGGAUGAGAUUGAUAAAACACCCACCUCCUUAUCGCAUAACCUUCAUCAAAAUAGCUACUAAACACAAACUAUGAAAGGGGAAUUUCCCAAAUGAGCGUAUUGACGGAGGGAUUGAUUCUUUGAGGCCAUCUGAACAUGUGAUCUUUCUGGAAUGCAGGUGAUCCUUUGUCUCUAGUGCAGAUGGUCAUUCCGAACCCGUCCUUCUGUUUUCAGCCACACAAACAUCGCAUUCAACAUUCCUGUCGUGCUCCAUUGCUUGAGCAAAUAUUUACCAGGUAGAGAGCUAUUUUCGCUCUACCUAUAGUGUCAUUUCCCACUGUAAAGUGUAUCACACUGUCAGCCAGAGCAAUGUGCUGAAUGUCCACAAAGCGGCUCACUAAUUCCUCUCGGAAGGGUUUAAACCCGUUUGCAUCUCAAGCCAAAUCUGUAGAAUACAACUUCCAAGGCAUUUGAUUGGAUCUGUUCUUGACGAUGUCUGCAGGAUGUGGAGAUGAAAGACCAAAAGCAGAAUGUCACUCCUUCAUGUGGUUUAACCAUCGUGUGUCAAUAACCACAGGAGAACAAUUACUCACAGUAUCUGUAACACACACUUGUGGUAGAACAGUUUUAAAUUUGGCCAAAAUCUCCAUUAAGCCAUCAUGGUUGUUUUAGCGUAGCCUGUGCACUCGAUAUCCGCCUCUGAUUGGAUGAUUUCCUCCAGGAAUAACAAGGCCUUUGUUCUGUUGGAGACUCUAGGUCAGUGGUGCGCUGACCUGUGCACCACUUACUCGGGUUCCUCUUCCCUGGUUCUGGUCAUUGUGUAUUUCCCAUCUCGCCUUUCUUAGCCCGUUCAAUCCCCUCCACUCGAAUAAUCGGCACUCAUCAGUCAAAAUGUAACCGUUAAUCGUUGCUCACAGGUGUCCGGAGACAAUCGGGAAGUUAAAACCUCUCAAACUGUAUUUACAUGUAGCUCUCGUGGCCUUUUGACGGAAAUGUCUGUGGACAUUCUGCAGUCAGCACAAAUCUUGUGAAUUAUAUACCAGAAAUAGUUACUUCAUCACAUUAUUGUAAAAAUAGAAUUCAAAUCACUCCAUGAGAUGAUCAAUUAUCUCCAGAACAAUGCGUCUGAUUUAUAGUGAACGCUUUUCCCAAUAAGGCCCACUGAGAUAAUCAGCAUUUCCGAGCAAUUAUUUAGCAAUAGAAACACCGGUGUGGAGCAACAACGGUAACAAUCUGUGUGCGCACACAUAAACACAGCGGCCAUACGCAUUGUUAAGCUGUGUGCGUGUUUGUGUCUCCCUUAAACCCCUUAGCAGAGUUCCAAAGUAGCUUAGCGGUGUGUGUGUGUGUGUGUUCCUCCGUCCAGCCCGGUGGAGCGGUUGUUGUCGCCGUGGUGCUGACGGAAGCGAUGGGCCGCGGCUCUCACAGCCACCUCGGGGACUUUGGGACGUUUUUCUAGCCUGUCGAAGACGGGACUUGACGGGGGAUUAUCGGCCGCGUAGCAGCGAACCGGACGCUGUUGUUGGUUUGCUUUGGUCCGAGCUCAAACCUGUGGGUCCGUUGUAAUCCCUCCUACAUGACCGGCCGCGGUGUUACCUGCUGACUGCUGGAGGAUGCAACCUUUGCUGGCUCCCUGAGGGCAGCAGGACGGCCGGGCGUCGGCUUGCGGGGAGGGGGCUAAGGGCCGCCCUCAUCGGGCGCCCGAGAACCCCCCCGAUCAGGAAGGGGAACUCGGAGGACAGUGAGAGGUACUCACGUUCUUCACGCAUACAAACGCUCUCAGACGACGAUGAGCGGAUGUCGGUGGGAAGCCGGGGCAGCGUCAGGUCUGAUCUCGAUGCGGUUGGGGCUCAUGGUGGAGGGGACUCAAUUAAGAAGUCAAAGAAAAAGAAGAAGCAUAAGCACAAAGAUAGGAGCGUCUGUGAUGACGACUGCAGCGUCCUCUCCAGCAGGAGCUCAAGACUCAGUGAUGAAAGCAGAGCGUCUCGCUCCUCCAGGCUCGACCUCACGAGCUCCAGACUGAGUGAUGACACCCGGGUGUCUCGUGCCUCCAGACUAGACCUGCGGCCGGCCUCUUAUGCUUCCUCAGACUUGUACAACUUCAAUGGUCUGUCCUCUUCCAGAAAUGGCUACCAGUCCUGCAGGUCACUCAGUCAGCUCCAUCGCAGGAGCUCCUUGUAUGAAGACGGCCUCGGCGGCGGGUCAACGCGAGUCUCUGGCUCCAGCUCUCGUACUUUAGAGUACUCUAGUUAUCGCAGCCCCGGCUCCAGAGCCUCGUCCAGGGCUGGUUCGGCCCGCGCAAGCCCAGUGGAACACAGCGCCUCCGUUGCCAGUUUUCUGAGGAGCUCUGCCGGUAGCGGUGGCCUCCCCCAGGACCUGGACGAUGUUACUAUUCCUGACUUUCCUCAUGUGGAGGACAGAGAUUAUCUUGAGAAGGGGUCGCGAGCAGCUUCUGCCUUGACAGCAGCGACCCUCACCUCGGUGGGCGGGACUUCGUCGCGGAGAGGAAGUGGCGAGACGGCCAUUGCCAUAGAUGCAGAGACCUCUAUACGGGAAAUCAAGGAGAUUCACGAACUGAAGGAUCAAAUUCAAGAUGUGGAAUCCAAGUACACACAAAACCUAAAAGAAGUUAAGGAUGCUUUAGGAGAAGUGGAGGAGAAGUACCGUAAGGCCAUGGUGUCCAAUGCCCAGCUGGAUAACGAGAAGAACAACCUGAUGUACCAGGUGGACACGCUGAAGGACUCUCUCAUGGAGCUGGAGGAGCUGCUGUCUGAGUCCCGCCGAGGGUACGAGGACAAAGUCAAGGAAUACGAGCGAGAGAAACACAGCCACACUGUGCUUCAGUUCCAGUUCACUGAAAUGAAAGAGACGCUAAAACAAAGUGAGGAGCUGCUGAAUGACAUCCGUCAGCUGCGUAUCAAGCAGGAAGGUUUCGUUAGAGAAAUCUCUGACCUGCAGGAGACGGUGGAGUGGAAGGAUAAGAAGAUUGGGGCCUUAGAGCGACAGAAAGAAUAUACGGACGCUAUUCGCAUUGAGCGAGAUGAGCUCAGGGAAGAGACGGUGAAGCUGAAAGACAUUCUGAAGAAACAUGGAAUCGUACUGGGUCCUGAUCUCAACAUCAACGGAGAGCUUGGGGAGGCAGAAGUGGUCGAGACCCCCGGUGCAGACCAUGUCACUCAACCGGCUGCAGACGCUCAGGGCGCCCCGACGGAGGGGAACAGCAUGCUCGGCGACACGGAGGAGACUCCGUUGAGGAGUUGCAGAGAGGAAGAAGCGGCUCCAGAGCAGCAUCGGCUGUUUGAGGAAGGGAAACGGCAUCACGCGAGCGGUGAUGCUCUCUGUGCUGCUGCUGGGUCCACACUGGAGACAUCUGGAGAAGAACAAGCAACGUGCUUACAGGAGGACAAGACUGAUACAGAAGAACACAAUGUUGACAACGGUGUCCUCAUCAAGGACUUAAAUGUUGACGUUAUUGACGGAUCAAUUAUAGAAGCCAAAGAUAUAAUCGUUUGCAGCCCUGAGCUUCAUGAGAUUGUAAACAGUUCUGUGGGAAAUGUUCCAAUAACCGAAGUCCCCAAAGGGGGAGAUGUAGGGGAGACAGAACCCAAAGUCCAAAGUGUUAACUCGCAUCAUGAUGACCAUAGAGAGGAACAAGACCACAAACGGGAAGACGGAGAGAGUAACCUGCAAAGUACAGAAUCAUGUCCUCAGCAAAAAGUUGCCCAAGAUCUUUUGACCGAAUGUUUACCUGAUGAGCGCAACCCGACCGUGUCAAACACUGAACACCAGCAUGAGCCCGAGGAGGCAGACGAGGCAGAGAACGACGAGGCGGAGGAGAUGCCGGGUAAAUGUCAGCCUCAGGACACCGCUGCUUCAGGGAAGAAGAAGAAAAGGAAGAGACGAGGCAAAAAGAAAGGAACGCACGAGGAUAAGAACCAACAGAAAGAAAGAUCUGAUCCAGAAAAGGGCAAACGAGAAAUGCACAGCGAAUCAGCUGCAAGAAAUAACGGGACACCGGCAGAACCUGGACUCCACGGCUCUGCCAGUGAAACCCUCAGUGAGUCACGGGUGGAUCAAGAACCCGGGGAAACCGGUUUCACCAAUGAAGCAGCAGUGGAACCUGUCCCAGAUGAGCAAGACCACCAACACAAGGUGGAAACAGAACCUACGGCAUCCCCCGAAGAAGAAACAAUGGAUCCUUUUACAGACAAACACAGCAGGGGACUAAAUCUGGAAACGGAAACUGUAAAAGAAGAAGAGGCCGUGGCUCCCGCUGAACACUUUCCUCCCCGUGAAACUCUCAACAACUGCAGAAAGGAUGAGCGAGACGUGGAACCUGACAAAGUAGAGGAGGUGGGAGGUGUAACGAGUCCUGUUCCAGAGACCAACCUCAGCCCUUCUGAUGGCUCAUCCACUGUCCCCCACAAUGAGUCCCGUGUUGUUCGUAGUGUAGAGGAUCAAGUUGGGUCUGUCGAUGAGAUGCAAUCUGAAUGUGCAACUAAUAACCCCGAGAACACCUAUGAAACCAGCAGUAAGGACCACAAAGAAUCGCAUUUCCUAAGCAAUGGGGACAUUGCUGCUGAUCCAUCUGAAUCUGUGUCCCAGUCCUCCCCCGAUGUCUCCGCCGACAGCUCGUCUGGCUCAACGCCGCCUGCAGCACAGAACUCGCCCGGCGCUGCCGCUUCCGUCGAGGUUUCUGGGGGCGGUCCGGAGGAGACCACCGAGACGCUCAACGACGACGCAGAGACUGAGCAGGAAUCCUCUCCUGCUCAACGUCCUCAUGGGGGAGAUUCAGAGCUAAUAGCAGACGCGACCAAAGAGCAGGAGCUGGACCGAGGCUUGGGGGACGACGAAGAUCUAGUGGAGCCAGACCAGUCGCCUACUGAAAGUGGGGACAGUUGUGCAUCAUUAACAAUCAACCCUGAUGCAUUGGACUCUGUGAGUCUGUUAGAGACUGUGGGAGCAGCACAGGCUGAACAACUGGGUCACGUACAAAGCCAGGACGAGUCCUCUGAGACAGAAAAGAGCAAUACUAUAGACGCGUCGCAAAUGCCAGACUCUCCCAAAGGAGCUACGGAGAUGUGUUCGUCACCGGAGCAAGACCGCCGAGCUGAUCCAGAACGUGGAAACCAAAUGAGCUCAAACGAGACGCCGCAACCACAUGAACCCGUCAAAGACGAGCCCGAGGAUAAAGAUCCAUCUCAUCCCACCCCGCGGGAUGCCGAUGAAGAGGAUGAAGGCCUAUCUUUUGAUUUCGACGACAUGGAGGUGGAGGCGGCCGUGGGAACAAGUCUCCUGGGAAACCUGAGUCAGGAAGAAGUGGAGGAGGGCGUUGAAGUCAUGCCGGACGAAAGCAACAACACUGGUUUGACCGGUGAGGAUGGCGCAGAAGAGCCAGCAGAAGGCCCGGUCGAUGGGGGCCACCAGGGAGACUCCAGAGACACCGGACCUCCAGACAACUCAAACUCCCAGGAGGACGCCUUGUCUCAGCAGAGGGGAAGUGUGGAACGCGUGUGUGAAAAGCAGACAGAGGUUCCAGAGGAAGGAGAUGAGGCCGGGCACAUUCCCGAGGAAGGAGAAGUGUGUGUUGUUGCAGAGGACAUCGACCAGGUGGCGCCUCUGCCCGUAGAGGAAGGACUCGACGCCGCUAAGCAUGAAGAUCUCCCUCGUAGGGCAGAAGAGGGGGGCAGCAGUAAGGAGCCCCAGCAGGCAGGGAAAGAUGUGAAGAGGAACAACAAGAGAGGCAAGGGCAAGGGCAAAGAGGACUGCAAGAUGUCUUAGUGUAGAGAGGGUUUGUAGUAGAGAUAUAAUCACUUCAUCCGUCUUCGCUUGGCCCUUUAAUAUAACCUUUCCAAAAUGAAUGUGUUUGUAAAUCAUUCCAUUUGAGUGCAUGUUGGCCGUCUAAAGGACAUUUGUCCCCAGAGCGUAACCUGUGUGCCCACGGUGAUGGUGGAUCUACUGGACAAUACUCCCCCUGCUACGUCAUGUGACAUAAAUUGUUAUUAUUGCACAUUUAUCACGCUGCUGCUGGUUAUGCGUCUCGGAUAGACAACAUCGCGUCACUUUUUCAUGCAAUAACUUGACUUAUUCAUUCCACGGGUGUAUAAUUAAAAUAACGUAUGUUAAUUCUUCAUUUAUAAGUAAACAAGCUUUUACAUGUUGCAGCUGUAAUUCUAGUUUGAGUGCUUGGAGACCCUGAUCUGUUCUCAGGGAGUGAUACAACUGCUGUUUGAGAUCCAUUUCCAUGGACAAUAAUGGGACAUGUUUGAUACGUGCAUUUUAUUUUGUUGCCAAAAUGCCAAUAAACCGCCUGCUGUUACCACCUUGA